ACAAACAAAAAAAAUCCUGACUAGACAUCACACAUCAACAUCCAUUUAUUUCUAAUUAUCUCCACUCAAACCACUAGUGUCACGGCAAAACUAAUAUUUGAGUAUCUCUAUUUGAAGCGGAAGAAUAUCAAAACUAACCCACGUGUAGUUAAGUUAUUAUUAAUUUUAUUCUAUAAAUCAUCAACUGAAAGAUACACAGUGGCGUGUGAUUAGAGUGAAUGGAGAUCUAGUUAUUCAUUGUCAAAAGUUAUAAACUAACAUCUCCCACUUAACCCGCAGACUGAGAUGUAGGGCCUCCACAUUCUCCAAAACAAACAGACGUGUGUAGAUUUGCCACAAUUACCGAUGUCAGUGUGUCUGGGCCCGCUAAUCUCCGAUUGCACGGCGAGGCUCCAUUUUCACCUCCGACUAGAUUUUUUUUUUUUCCCCUUGCGCUUCGCUGCUGUGAUGAAUAACGCGGAGGGACUAAAUCCACAGAGAGGAUCCAUGGCGUGCUGCCCGCAUGAUCAAAGGUUACAUGCAGCAGCACAACAUCCCCCAGCGGGAAGUGGUGGACAUCACGGGGCUGAACCAGUCUCACCUUUCCCAGCACCUCAACAAAGGCACGCCCAUGAAAACACAGAAGCGAGCGGCCCUCUACACCUGGUAUGUCAGGAAACAGCGGGAAAUUCUCCGACAGUUCAACCAGGCAGCGCAAGGUUCUGGCAGCAAUAUGACAGACAAAGGCAAUCAGGAUCCGGUGUUUUUUUUCCCAGAGUUCAACCCGUCUGGUCAGGGCAUGGGUCAGCCCGGUGACGAGGUCGGCAGCGAACCCUCCUGCAAGAAAAUGAGACGUAACCGUUUCAAAUGGGGGCCUGCGUCCCAGCAGAUCCUGUACCAGGCCUAUGAACGGCAGAAGAACCCCAGUAAGGAGGAGAGGGAGGCUUUGGUAGAGGAGUGCAACAGAGCCGAGUGUCUCCAGAGAGGCGUCUCCCCCUCCAAAGCGCAGGGCCUCGGCUCUAAUCUGGUCACAGAGGUGCGAGUCUACAACUGGUUUGCCAACCGGCGUAAGGAGGAAGCCUUCCGGCAGAAGUUGGCCAUGGACGCCAUCACCGCACCGACCCACAGCAUCAACCCGCUGCUGUCACACAGCUCGCCACAUCACCCCCAGACCAGCGCUUCACCUCCCAUGCGUUACAGCCAAGGCCCCGGCGAGGUCACCUCCUCCACGACCAUCAGUCACCACAGUAGCAACGCCAUGGCGUCCAGCCAGUCAGUGCUCCAACAGGUGUCUCCGGGAGGAUUGGAGCACAGCCACGGUCUGCUGUCACCUGACGCCAAGAUGAUUUCUGGUUCAGGUGGAGGACUUCCUCCAGUCAGCACACUGACAAACAUCCACAGUUCCCAUCACAGCCAUCAGCAGACGCAGAACCUCAUCAUGCCUCUAUCUGGAGUCAUGGCCAUAGCACAGAGUAAGUCCUCCAUCCAAAAACUAAACACAGAAAAGAAGGGAGAGUCACUGAGUUUGUUUCAUCACGACAUGGUCCGACUGAGGUUUUCUUGCGUCUCACCAGGUUUAAACACAUCGCAGUCUCAGACGGUGCCAGUGAUCAACAGUGUGGCGGGCAGCCUUGCAGCGCUGCAGCCGGUGCAGUUCUCCCAGCAGCUCCACAGCCCCCACCAGCAGAGCCUGAUGCAGCAGUCACCCAGCCACAUGAGCCAGCAGCCGUUCAUGGCUACUGUCACACACUCACACAUGUAUCCUCACAAGCAGGAGCCCCCACAAUAUUCCCAUCCGUCCCGCUUCCCCUCGGCCAUGGUGGUCACAGACGCCAACAGCAUCAGCACCCUCAGCUCCAUGUCCUCCAGCAAGACGGACGCUCCUGUAAACAAGAUGGUGCAACUUGGGGGUCUCUCCUGGUGUCCUCUUCAAGCUUGGUGAGAGCAUCCUCGACUUCCUCGGUGCCGGGCAACCGGAGCACAUUUUUCCACCCUCUCACCGCGGUAACCAUGACGACUCUUAAUAACCGGCAACGGCGUGCUGGAUGAUGAGUCAGUCAACAAACAAGUGGAGUGACGACGGUGGGCCAUGCGGAGAAAAUGAGAAAUGGGAAAAGAGAAGGAAAAAAAAAAAAAAAACAAAGCUCACCGCACCUGAAAGCGAAGAGACUGGAUACACCCCCCGCCCCCCCUGUCACACACACACAUGAUCAACAAGGAUGUAUGAUUUUAACACAAUCUUUGAAAACAGUAUUCAAUAUUUCAUGCCCCCCCCUCCCCUUUUCUUUCCCUAAAAUAUGUACAGUCAUCCUCUUUUGUGACAUGACAAAGGAACAAAAACCAAGCACCAAAAACUGCGUGGACCUGAAUGAAGGCUCUGGGACAACCUAUAUUACACUGUGAUUUAAGGUGGAAAUACUCAGAUACACUGAGACGGUGGUCAGCCUCUGUGAAGGCAUAAGGACCCAAUGAAGGCGAUUCACUCACACAAAGUACCUGGAUGCCUCUGCACGUGGGCAGAACUGUGUGACAAUCACAAUAACCUGUAUUGAUCUUGCGCAUGCAUUUGACAUUCUUACUGGGCUUUAAAGGAGUCUUCCAUAUUAUUCUUUCACACUCAGUUUACUGUGCUAGUAAUUAGUGCAGGCGAUGAAUGUCCUCUGUCGCUGGAGGGAUACAUCAUUUCAAGUUUGUUCAAUGUGUAUACUGUGAUUGAAAAAGACUUUGACAAUCUUGAAAGGACUAUGCAAUGUGUCUAUAGGUGUAUGCAAUUCUUUGUGUGGCUGGAUUCUGCGCAGAACUCACACACACCUGAGACUGGAAAUGAAUAUGCACUAUUAGUGAAGUCGCCAACAAUUUAUCAUACUAUACUGGAGUUGCUGUUGAUAACGCCGCCUGUAAAAUAACACAAAAGCAGAUGGAUGGAUGUGUGACAAAUAUGCAUAGUGUAUGUACAACCUCCAUUUGUCACCAUGUCUCAAAAGCCUGCCAUAUCUAUCAACCUGGUCUUGCCUUGUGGGGGGGUGGAGGGGGGGCUGACUCACACACUUUAAACGUGGCUCUUCCCCUCCAUGGAAACCUCUGGCUUUUGUUUGCACACAGGUUCAGGUGAAUUUCAGGAAUGGGACUCACCCUCCUCCUCCUCCUCCUCCUCCUCCUCCCUCUCCCACUUCCUGCCAGAAUGUGAAGAAAUAGGACAAAUAUUGUCAAUAACUCCUCGUCAUAAAUCAGGGCACAGGACCCCCCCCCCCCCAUUGUAGAAUGAAAAUAUUGACAAGUAUUCAGAAACAAAACAGUCAUCUUAGUCUGGUAUUUUGUGAAGGAGAGAGACAUGAAAGAGGAUAAUGUUGUGACAGCAGCUGCUCUAAUCUUACAGGAAUCCACAAAGACUGAGAAAUGCUGGGGAGAGGAGCAGCUGCUGUGGGUACAGACGCCCACGCUAACAGUAUUAAGGUGUGUUCAGUCAGAAAGCGAAGCAAACUUUCGCCUGGACCAUAUGUGUUUAUUCAUCACAAACAGUGUUGCCUGACUGGGCAGUUGUCUUAGUUUUUUUGUUAAUUGAGCAGACAAAAAUUGAUUUGGGAUUAUGGAUUUUUUUGUGAUUUGGCCUACUUUUUGUGCCAUGAUACAUAUAUUUUUAGAUUCUGUUUGACUUACACUUUCCGAGGGUCCAUAAACCCUCAUACCUCCGGAGCUUGCCCGAGAAGCUUCACCUUUUUUUUAAGUUUUCUUCAGCAUCAAUGUAAUAAAUUUAGAGUUGCCAGCGCAGCCAGUGGUACAUAGCAAACUGGAACCGCUAAUGGCCAAUUCGGCAAACGUAAUUUUCCAAAAUGUUCCCAAAAAUCUCCAAGCGAAUUCACGUCCUGUCGCGUCAGUCCACUGACUUUGUUUGUAGAGUUUGCUCGAACAGUUCGCUUUGAGUUCUGUCAGAACACACAGUCACAGAUUCUGGUGGGAAGGUUUAAAAUGUGGACCAAAUUUGGCAUUAAGAAUAACUUCUCUUUUCACUACAACUACCCAUGUUUUUUUGAGACAAAAAGUUUUUGACUAUCGAACACUGCAUAUCAUACGUGUGGCAGAUCCAGUCUCCUGCUCAAUAUUAGGUCAUCACAAUGUUAUUAUUAUUAUGUUGGUUGGUUUGUGACUGUUAUAGGCACAUCUAUUGCCAUCUGAUCAGAGGGCACUCAUACUUGUGUGGCAGGACGUGAUUUUUUUUUUCCUCCUAAUGUAUUAUUUUUGUAUAAAAUUGAAAUCAAUCAUAAAUCAUUAUUUAUACUUUCUGAGAAAAUAUUGAUAUUUCAAGUAAAAGUUUUUUUUUUUUCCAAAAUGAAUACACGGUUGUGGUUAUUUUGUGUGCAGCGGUGAGACAUCUCAGUGUGUUGGAUCAGGUAUACAGAUCCAUCAGUACAAGUAUCAAUACUACGAUAUAAAGAUACUCCACUGAAAGUUAGAGUACUGUG